AUGGCUACCUUUCUUUUCAAGUGGCCUGACCUAAGAACAUUUGUUCUUAUUCGUUUAAAUGAUGAUGCUACUUUAUCCAUUUAUCCUUUACACUCACGACUAGCCUAUUUGUACUUUCAUCACGCUUCAUUACCAUGCCAACCAUCACCAUGUGUCAAGAAGAAAAGAUACCAAUUUUGGAAGCCAGUUAGCUUACCAACAGUUAAGCAUGCCAAGGUGACACUGAAGGAAGUCAGGAAGGGACAGCCUGUUGACUGGGUACAUCUCAAGCACUGUAAGUUGGGCCAUUACGAUUAUUCAAAUAACACUGUGAUCGUGUUGGUCAAGAAACAAUCUAUCCAUUGGAUAGCUCGUUCGCUUAACGAAAAGAUUGUCUUUCUCAAUCUCUUCAAGUUUAACUCUCGAUUCAAACAUCAGCCGCAUAUAUCAAAACCGCCCAGCCUGUCCGUUGAUACCUUUUUGCAGACGUGGCUGAAGCAUAGUGAGUCUGAUAUUCAAGCUACCUUGCGUCAGAUUGACGAGAUGAAGUCAAGAAUAAAAGCAGUCCAUUCGGAGUUAGUGACAUGUGAGUCGGCAUUAAAGCAGCAACAAGAACAGUAUGGCACAGAGGGUGCAAUCGAUAGAUGGGAUAAAGUGACCCUCAUGCACCGCGUCAAUGACGUGAAUCACUCAGUUGAACGUACACAAGCGCUCUUUGAAGAGCAUAGAAGGACAAUGGCCAAUGUACAGAAACGGAUCUCGUUCUAUGGAUUCUUUUUCAAUAGCGCGAAAAGAAGAUAUACCCACGUCAAAAACGAACAUGGUCCUCUUUUGCUUUAUGUAGCAGUCCUUGUUGUAUUGUUUAUCUGUGUUUAUCUGUUUAUAAAUUAG